UUCAUUAGACAACUUCACAAUAUUUUAAGUAGUUUUUUUGUUACCAUAAAAUAGUCACCAGCACACAAACACAGCAGGUAAACACUACGAACAACAGUACACCAAAUACAAUUACAUCAAGAACAAAAAAUUUACAUUUUAAAAAGAAUUUCUGAGAAAAACAAGAAAAUGAACACAUCUAAUAUAAACAUUUGUAUGGGGUGCCUGUAGUGCUGUGUUGCUUUGUCCUUUCGGGUUAGUUCGUGUUCUUUCGGCAAUUUCCGGUGUUAUCUCCUUCUUCAGACUUGAUGAAAAUACAAAGAACGGGAAGCCCUCCUCUCUCCGUAUUAGCUGAGUCGAGUCCUUUGUGGUUACCUGAAUUUUUUGAGAACAUUUUAAAGAUUACCCGUAAACAGUUCCGUUUGCGGAGAUUUCUGUCUGCUCCGUACAGGGCUCGGGUGAGGUCGAACCCACUCUGCCCGACGUCCUUUCUCGGUGACUUUCGGCUCUUGUCGUUCGAGGGAGGAAUGGACGAAGCGGACUCGGCAACGAAAGCGCUCGGGCUGGAUGAACCGCCCAUCGGCGAGCCGUCGGUGGAGGGAGUGGGCUCGGAUACCGAGUCGGAGGCCGAAGUUACCACGAUGGCUGUGAUGGCGGAACCGGGAAACAUCGGCUUAGGAGCCGAGUCCCUACCGAACCCAGACGAGGCCGAGGCUGCCUUUGCAGAUGUGACGGCAGUUACAGUGGGUGGCGUUCAUGCGACAGAGGACAAUGUUUUCACCACAACAGUCGCCACAUCUGGGAGUCUCCCUGAACACGUGCUGAGCGGCAGGACCACUCUCCAGCUGGGUGAAGGUCUCAGUACCCAGAAGGCUACUCUGAUUGUGGUUCACACUGACGGCAGCAUCGUGGAAGCAGCUGGCCUCAAGUCCGCUGCCACCAUCACAUCAGGGGGCAAAGGUCGCUGCAUCAAACACAACCAGCAGUGGUACACUCCCACUGAGUUUGAAGGUCUCGCAGGGCGAGCAAGCAGCAAAGACUGGAAGAGGAGCAUCAGAUAUGCUGGCAGACCUCUGCUCUGCCUCAUACAGGAGCGUAUCUUGAACCCCCAUGCUGCCUCCUGUACCUGUGCAGCCUGCUGUGAUGACCUGAUAGCGUGUCCAAAGGAGGGAGACUCUUUGGGAGAAGAAAAUAUCAGCAUGACCGGGCCCGUACGCCUCUUUGUCCCGUACAAAAGACGAAAGAAGGACACUGAGCCUGUGAUCAUUCCUGCCAAGAAGGAACUUCCUGCUACCAAGAACAUUACGUUGACUCCGGGAACCACAUUCACAGUGUCCCCAUCUGGGCAGUUCACUACUUCUGGGACCUUGACCUUUGACCGCACGCCAACAGGCGACGCCGCUGCUGCCAUCAUCUCAGAGGGCUCGGCACAGAGCGAGGUGUUUGCCAGCACCGCAGUGCUAACGGCAUUGCCAGCGUUAGCUGUUGCUCAUCAGCCAGUUCAGGCCAAAGUCGCAGUGGCAGCUGCAGCGGCAUCUCCAUCGGCAGGGCUUGUGGCUGGGCUUGAUGUGGGGCCUAUUGGGGGAGCAGAGCCAAUAGUGAGCGAGGGGCAGAAGAACACUUGGAUAUACCUGGAGGAGAUGGCCAACACACUGCUGAACAAUGUCCAGCAGCUCAAGGCUCUGAUCGAACAGGCCAAAAACUCUGCAGGGGACCUUGUAGGGGUCAGAAGUAAUGGCGGCAGGAAGGAGUGUGGUCUUACCCAGCCGUUUCAGAACCAGAUCUCAUUUCAGCAGCCAGAUGACUCUGAAGCUAAGAGGGGCACUGAAAUCACUGAGAUCAUCAUCAAUCAGAUGUGCGUAAACUGUGGCCGGGUGGCGAUGAGUGAGUGCACAGGCUGUCACAAAGUCAACUACUGCUCCACAUUUUGCCAGAGGAAGAGGCUGAGGAGGCGAGUGUUGGCGGAGCGUCAGGCGGGAGCUCCUGGCAACUCCGGGGGCCCCCAAAGGCCAGGCGUGUCCCGCGGAAAAUCUCACCGUAGUGAGGAGAGAGCCCUGGCUUCCCCCGUAGCUCCUCCUCCAGUUGCGCGCAUGCGGCGCUCUGCCGCUCCUCGAGGUCGAAAUCCGUUACCUCCACAGCCUCCUCGUGUCGCUCAGAGGAGGGCGAGACAUGCCGUAGCGAUGAGCGACGGCGACGUGAACGCCGCUUCCUGUGGUCUUACCCAGCCGUUUCAGAACCAGAUCUCAUUUCAGCAGCCAGAUGACUCUGAAGCUAAGAGGGGCACUGAAAUCACUGAGAUCAUCAUCAAUCAGAUGUGCGUAAACUGUGGCCGGGUGGCGAUGAGUGAGUGCACAGGCUGUCACAAAGUCAACUACUGCUCCACAUUUUGCCAGAGGAAGGACUGGAAGGACCAUCAACACACCUGCACUCAGUCAGCAGGGGGCAUGGCUGUCCAGCAGGAAGAGCCAAUCACAGCCAUUGACAUGGACAAAGUGAAGUGAAGGUGUAGCAGUUUAGGAAAAAGCGUGUGCAUCGUUUCAGUGAGGUUAACAGCUGCUGCAGACUGAAUGGCCUAAACUGGGAGAACACACCUGCUUGAAAAUAGCAGUAUUUAGAGAGUUUAGUGUGAAGGUUUUUUCUCAGGCUGACAUGUAAAAAAAGGUCACUGAUGGAGUGAGAGCUGAAGUUAGACUAGACUGACUUAGCAUUUAUGAAAAGUAUUAAGGAGUCUUAUUGCAGCAGUAUCCAAUGAAGUGGUGGUUCUAACUAAUAUUUUCAUCAUAAAUUGAUCUUGUCCCUAAUUCUAUCAUAUUUUAGCGACUUUAUUACAUUGUGUCAUCAGUUGUCAUAUGGUCUAUAUCUUCCAUCAGCCACUGUUACCUCUCCGCUGUUGCCAUUUUACCUCGUUUACCUCAUUAUUCUCUAAAAACAGUCCUGAUUAAAGAGGACAUCUUCUUUUUUGUUAUGUAUGCAUGAGCACAGUGGCCAGAUUUUGGGUUCAGUGUAUGUACAAGUAAUCCCUGUGAGUCAAAAGUUCAGACUUCAAAGUGCUAAUAUGGUCAUCUCAGGAAAUCAGCUUUGGCUGCUGCAACCUGCUAUUGAAUCCUUCUGUUUGAAAGGGAGAGCCAAUCAGAAGAAAGUUGGUCAAUCUUUUGACGUCUACAUUUUGAUGAUGAAAAGCAAGACAAUUAUUUUUAGAGUUAAAUAACAAUGUGUUUUGGGGAAAAUUUUUCAGUUUCAGUCCCCUCAUGCCAAAACUUUGCAGAACAUUUUUCAGCAGACAGAAAUGACAUAUUUUGAUAUUAAAGAAUCAAGGUUGGUUAUCACUGAUGAGGAUUUAGAGAAUUUAAAGUUGAGGAUCUAUCUUUAAUUCAGGAUGAUGAAGUGACUUGAACAUGAAACAAGCAAAACUGCUGUCCUGAAUGUUUUGAUUUUUUUCUGGCAAAAACUAUGUAUUAUUAUUUUCUUACAUUUGUAUAUGUGUGUUAUUCUGUUGCUACAGAGCCCUUGAAGUCCAGAAAGAAUGUACAGGUAUUAUAAGCAAUUGUAAAUAUAAAGGUAAAGAUCGUUUUUCUUUGUGUUUCACUGAUUAAUAAAAAGAGU